AUGUUGAGACUCACAGAGUGCCUCUUCCUGGUUUUGAUUAUCAUCCUGUUUGUCCUGGGAUUGCUGGGCAAUGGCUUCAUUGGGUUGGUCAAUGGCAAGAACUGGUUCAAGAGCAGGAGACUCUCUUUGUCUGACUUCAUUAUCACCAUCCUGGCUCUCUCUAGGAUUAUUCUCCUGUGGAUUCUCGUGGUAGAUAGUGUUUUAAUGGUGUUACCUUCCAAGAUAGAAGAUAAUACAUUUAUAAGGAAAAUUCUGGGAACGUCCUGGACAUUUAUGAACCAUAUGAGCAUUUGGUUGGUUACCUGCCUUAGUGUCCUCUACUGCCUGAAAGUUGCUAAUUUCUCCAACCCUCAAUUCCUUUGGCUCAAGUGGAGAGUCUCUAGGAUGGUUGUGUGGAUGCUGCUGGGUGCAAUGCUCCUGUCAUGUGCCAGUGCCAUGUCUAGGUUCCAUGAAUACAAGAUCUAUGUUGUUACCAGUGAAAUCAAAGGCACACAGAAUGUGUCUGAGUAUUUUGGGAAAAAGAGGAAACAUGGUUUGAUCCAUGCUCUUGGAAUGCUUUGGGAAUUUCCUCCCCUAACAGCAAUGCUGGCCUCAUACUUUCUGCUCCUCUUCUCCCUGGGGAGGCACAUUCAGCAGAUGCAACUACGUGGUACCAGCUCCAGAGAUUCAACCACGGAUGCCCACAAGAAAGCCAUCAAACUAAUUUUUUCUUUCAUCGUUCUCUUUCUACUUUAUUAUAUUUUAAUUUUACUUUCAUUUUUCAGAUAUUUCUUACCAGAACCAAAGAUGAUGAAGAUGAUUGGAGAAGCAUUUGCAAUAUUUUAUUCUGCUGGUCAUUCAUUUAUUCUGAUUGUAGGAAGCAAUAAAUUAAAACAGUCAUUGGUACAGAUGAUCUGGUGUGAGACUUGUCAAGUUAAAUUUGGACCCAAGGGGUCUCUUGCCCCUUAG